AUGGACGGCCCGCCCGCUGACAACCUCCUCGAUGACUUCCCCAUCGACAGGCUAGGCCUGCAGCCGCUCAUCAAGAUCUACACACAAAUCUGCCACAUCUACGCCAUGCCAGACGACUCAGAAAGCGCCCGUGCCAACGUCAUCGAGACGCUCACGCGCGGCCUCGAGCGUCUCUCCGCCGCCUUCCCCUGGGCCGCCGGCAAGAUGGUGACGGUCAGAGACGAAGCAGCCGGCAAAGAAGAAAUGUACAUUCGCCCGCACGAGAAGAUCCCCCUCCUCAAACAACGAGACGCGCGCGACGACCCCGAAGCACCAACCUAUGAUGCGCUCGAACAAGCCCGGUUCCCGAUCAACAUGCUCGACGAGAGCCUCAUCGCUCCCAUCGCCACGUUUCCCCUGCCGGACCCCAACGAAACCUCGCCCGUCGACCCCAUCUUCGCCAUCCAGGCCACGUUCCUCCGCGGCGGCCUCAUCCUCUGCUUCGCCGCCCAUCACGGCGCCAUGGACAUGAACUCCCAAGCCCGCCUCAUCGGGUUCCUCUCCCGCGCCUGCCGGGACACGCCAACCAGCCCGUUCACAGAAGAAGACCUCGCGAUCGGCAACCUCCGACGCACGGAAGCCAUCCGCCUCAUGGACGACGAGGAAUACGCCGCCAUGGACCCGGACCUGCUGACGCCGCACAUCCUCCCGGCGCCGCGCUCGCUGCAGGCCAACGACGAAAUGGUCGAGAUGCUCACGGACCCGUCCUUUCCCCUGGGCAAGUGCGUCUGGGCCAACUUUGAACUCCCGCUCUCGACCCAAGCCGAGCUCAAAAAGCGAGUCUUGACGAGCGGCGCGCUUCCACCCGACAUGCACUUCGUCUCGACAGACGACGUCCUGACGGCCUUUGUCUGGUCCGCCAUCACGCGCACCCGCCUGCCGCGUCUGCGGAAAGCAGGAAUCGCCACGGCCGGAAUCGCCCGCGCCGUCGACGCCCGCCGCUUCCUGCCCAUCUCACCCGACUACCUCGGCCUCCUGUCCACCAUGACCUACGCCACCGUGCCGCUCGACACGCUGGCCGAGCCCUUUGACGGAAAGGGUCUCGCCGUCGUCAGCGCCGCGCUGCGCAGGGAGCUCGAGCCGCGACGGAGCUGGUGGGCCGCCGCACGCGCGCCCUGCCUCGUACAUGGACCGCAUGCCCGACCGGACGGUCGUCAACUUGACGGCGGGGAUGGAUCUGAAGAGCGGCGUCAUGCUGAGCUCGUGGGCUGGCGUGGAAUCGUACGCGCUGUCGUUUGCGCUGGGGUUGGGGCUGCCGGCGAGUGUGCGUAG